UCGCUGCAGUUCGCUUCUUUCCCGAGCUGGGGCCAGGGCGACGUGCGGCUGCUCAGCUGGCCAUGGCGGGAGAAAGGUUGCCGCGCGGGCCAUCGAACGAACGGGCGGCGGCGGGGAGGAGCGGGCGGCGGUUGGCGCCGGUGUCUGGGCCGUUGGCGGUUGGCCCGCUGGUGCUGCUAGUGUUGGCGGCGGCGAUGACCGAAGAGGCGGGAACCGCCGAGGCAGCCCAGGGCUCGGGCGACGAGAAAUGCCAUUACUACGCAGGGGGCGAGGUGUACCCAGGCGAGGCAUCGCGGUUGCCCGGCAAAGACCACUCGCUGCACCUCAGCAAGGCCAAGAUUUCUAAACCAGCACCUGAUUGGGAAGGAACAGCAGUCAUAAAUGGAGAAUUUAAAGAGCUGAAAUUAUCAGACUAUGAAGGAAAAUACCUUGUUUUCUUCUUUUAUCCUCUUGACUUCACAUUUGUUUGUCCAACGGAGAUAAAUGCCUUUAGUGACAGAAUUGAAGAAUUCAGAUCAAUAGAUGCUGAAGUGGUAGCUUGCUCGGUAGACUCGCAGUUCACUCAUUUGGCAUGGAUUAAUACACAACGAAAACAAGGAGGACUUGGACCAGUGAAGAUACCACUUCUUUCAGAUUUGACACACCAGAUUUCAAAGGAUUAUGGAGUUUAUCUAGAGGACCAAGGACAUGCUCUUAGAGGCCUGUUCAUUAUUGAUGACAAGAAAAUUCUUCGACAAAUAACACUGAAUGAUCUUCCAGUCGGUAGAUCUGUGGAUGAAACUCUUCGUCUAGUACAAGCAUUCCAAUACACUGACAAACAUGGAGAAGUUUGCCCUGCUGGUUGGAAACCAGGCAGUGAAACAAUCAAACCUGAAGAUGCUAUGAGAAUGUGGUGGUCAAGAGAAGAGCUAUAAUUCCAGAUCCUGCAGGAAAAUUGAAGUAUUUUGGUAAAGUGAACUGACUGCUUUCUUCUAAACACAGAACACACAACUAAGAAAUUGCCAAUAAAGUUUUGGUUUUGAUAA